ACGGCAGUAGAUCUUGAUUACAACAAGGCUUUGGUUAAGCGGUGCUGUCUGUCUCCAUGUGGAUUUCUGCCAGAAAGAGAGAGAAAAGUUGUCAACGAGCUGCUGCAGUUGUUUGGUUGACACUUUAGAUUUAUAUCAGGAGUUUACAGUUUGUAUGACAGCGAGCAGGGCGGGAUCGGUUCCUCUUUGCUUCUGGCUUAAUUGCCAGUUCUGUAUACAGCUCUUUCUGUUCGGUACAUGGCGACAUUUCUGAGCGUGAUUCAACACUGCCGAUGAGCGCAAGUCUUAGCUUGUGUGAAGUUCAUCCUCAUCAGAAGCAGCACCAGAAGAAUAGGUCCUUUUAAGGAACUGACAGACAGCGGACAAAGCUGGAUUCUUGUUGCGCGGAGGAGUGCGUGGUUUUCUUUCUUUUUCCUGUUUGCUAAGUUUUAUUUUCACCAGAGGAAGUUAUGACUUCGGUAUGGAAAAGACUUCAGCGUGUUGGUAAAAAGGCUUCAAAGUUUCAGUUUGUUGCCUCUUACCAGGAACUCGUGUUGGAGUGUACAAAGAAAUGGCAACCAGACAAGCUAAGGGUGGUGUGGACCAGGAGGAACAGACGCAUGUGCUCCAAGCUCCACAGUUGGCAGCCUGGAAUCAAGAACCCCUACAGGGGCAUGGUGGUGUGGCCUGUCCCAGAAAACAUCGACAUCUCUGUUACACUCUUCAAGGAAGUCAAUGCUGAUGAGUUUGAGGACAAAGAGUGGACUUUUGUCAUUGAGGGUGAGAACAAGGGGCAUCGUAAGGUGCUGGCAUCGGCAGACGUCAACCUGAAGCGGUUUGCCAGUCAGACGCCGACCCAGACUGACCUGACGCUGAAGCUGAAGCCACUGUCCGUCAAAGUGGUGGAGGCCACGCUCAAGCUGUCGCUGUCCUGUGUCUUCGUCCGAGAGGGGAAAGCCACUGAUGAAGACAUGCAGAGUCUGGCCAGCCUGAUGAGCGUCAAACCCACAGACAUCGGCAACCUGGACGACUUCAAUGAGAGCGAUGAAGAUGAGGACAAGAAGUCUGUCAGUGCUACAGUCGUUCCACACACUCUAACUCGCCCAAAUCGCCCUGCUCCCCCUCCACCUGACAAGCGAGACUUCACUGGAUCCACUUUUCCAGCCUCAGCCUGUGGGCGAGAUGGCGGUCCUCCCAGUCCUGCAGUCCACUCCCGCCCUCCUCUACCAAUCGCUCCUCGCCCCUCGCCCCGUCGCAGCCGACACCCCUUCGCCACCAAACCUGUCCAGUCAGAGCUCCAGCCUUCCCCUGGCCCCUCCCCUCAGCCUUCACCCAGAUCCAAACAUAAAAAAACAUCCAACCCUCUUCUUCCUGAGGCUCUUGCUUCUUCUGACCCACUACUUAAUACUCCAAGCUCCCAGCUCCCAGAAACUACUCCCUCAAUCCAGAGUGCCUCCUCUGUCCUGCCUCUCUCUGAUGUGUCUCCUGUAAAUCCUCCAUCCCCCAAAUCCUCCGAAGCACCCAUAAUCACGCCUUCUUCCCAAAACAUUUCCUCUUCCCUUCAUUCUCCAUCUCCCAAAUGCUCUGAAUCUGUGCCUACUUUACCUGCUGCCUCAGUGGAGCCUUCUUUAGCAGGGCCCUCUGUUAUCCUGAAUUAUCCUUCAAAUACCCCCUCUAAACUGCCCUUUAAGCCACCCAGUGCCUCUGAAACAGGCAUUACCUCAUUAACUCCCAAACUUCCCUCCCCUGCAUUGUCAUUACCCAAGAAUAUCAUAAUAUCAUCCUCCACGGCUCCCCAAAAGUCUUCUCUCACUGAAUCCACCACUCACACCCAUAAGACCACAUCUACUGACUCCCAGCCUCUCCCACCUAAAUCCUCCUCUCCCUCAAAGCCCUCCCUGUCCUCUGAGCCUCCAUCUGCUCACCCUCCACUCACACGGAGCGUCUCUCAGCCUCCCUCUCUGCCCAGAAUCUUCCAGUCAGGCUCAGGAAAAGUUUCUGUGUCACAUCAACGGCGCCCCCCGGAGGUUCACACUGCUGAUGAUCCUACUUUAGCCUCUGGCCGUGCUCACAUGUUCAGACCUCAGGUUGUCAAGUCAAUCGCCCGUCCCUCCUCUCCCUCUCCUUUUUCCGCUGAUGCCCCUCCUCUUCCUAAAUCUCACCCCUCUAUCUCAGAGUCAGGUGCUCAGUGGGUGUGGUUGACAUCUAGUAGUGACAUCACCCCUAUCCCUCUGCUGAGUAGUCCCGAUCUUGAUGCCCUCUGUGACCCCGCGGCGCCAGCCCUUACUGCCUCUCUUCCACGAUCCUCACCUACUCGCUCCUCUUCUCUUUCCACCUCUGUUUUGUUCUCCUCUCCUAUCCCUCAGCUCACUGUCUCUCCUUCUGCUCCUCCCGCUCCGAUCAGCUGCUGUCAGUCAGGCUCAACGUUCCCCCAAGCAGACAAGGAAACAACUUCGAGCCCUUCGAGCAGAGGCGAGGGUUCUCCUCAAAAUAACCGGGCAGUGGCCAACAUCAGAGUAUCCAACCAGCCAAUCAGACCAGCCCAGGAUUCAAAGGCGGCCAUCUCCGAAAACAAUCCUGAACCAGCAAGGAUCAGAACCAGCGUUACAUCUGAGCAGCUGCCCUCACAAGUUUCCAGCCAAACACAAGACAGCGAGACGACCCUUCAAUCAGUUAAUAAACCAAGCGCCGCCUCCAGUGAGCGUCUGGGGCAACCCUCUCUCUUAAAGGAAGGUUUAUUGUCAAACAUUGUUGUCCUAGAAAAGAAAAUAUCUGCCACAUGUACUCCACCUGGCAUCCAUUCAGGCCCUACUGUUCAGGAUAAACCAUUCACAUUAGAGGUCUUGACCAGGGUGCCAUCGCCACAGAGGCUUUCUGAUGCAGAGGUUCCUCUAUGGAAAGCGCUAGAAGGGAGAAGUGGGAAAGAUACACCUGAAAAUAUCUCUGCCAAGGAGGGUACAAAACCUUUGUGCAGAGGCUCACACAGAGAAGAUGCUGCUGAUGUGGACAUCCCUGUCAGGCAGGAGAACCAGUCACUAGAGACAAAAGACUCAGAAACACAUCACAUAGUCCCACCUCCAGCUGAACCCGCCGCACCACCAGUUAAAGAGGAGCCCAAAGAGCCAGAGGGACCCAGUGUGGAACCAGAAACCUCACCGGAGGUUUCCCCCAAACCAGCCGUCGAGCGCACGGCUCUGGCGCUGGAGCCGCUGCUUCCCUCAAAACCAGAACCAGGACUGCGGCCGGAACAGCCAGUUCUCCAGCCAUUGGGAAAACCACAACAGGAGGGAGCAGAUGAGGAGAAACCAGCCGAGAUCGUGGCUGGUGAUCAGGAAACUUUCAUCAACAAUAAGGAGCCAGUGUGCGAGGCAGAAAAGCAGCUGUGGGCGACGGUGGAGGAGACCACAGUGGAAACAGGAGAGGAAAGAGGGAUGGAAAGUAGUGAGAGCACUGAAGAGAAGGAUGAGAAGCAGGAGGAGGGUGGUGUAGGGGGGCUAAAAGGCCAUGCGGCCGACCUCCCUGAUGGUGGAGAGAAUAAACCGGCAUCACAGCUUGGAGACACCUCCAGCACACACACCAGUGAAAUAACACACAUCACUCCUCCCCACCACUGUGAGAUAACCACAUCUCGACUUCCUACUUUACCAGAAGAAGAAACCACUGACCUGAAGCCCCCUCAAACGGCUCCAAUGGUCAGAGAGGAGGCAGACGGGAAAGACAAUGCAGCUGAGGGCCUGGUGAACUCCAGCCAGUCGCUGCUGCAGUGGUGUCAGGACAUCACCAACGGGUACCGGGGGGUAAAGGUCACAAACUUCAGCACGUCAUGGAGAAAUGGCCUUGCUUUCUGCGCUAUCCUACAUCACUUCCAUCCAGACAAAAUAGAUUUUGACAAAUUGGACUCUCAUGACAUCAAGCUCAACAACAAGAAGGCGUUUGACAGUUUUGAGGCGCUGGGCAUCUCUCGCCUGUUGGAGCCAUCCGACAUGGUUCUUCUGUCCGUCCCCGACAGGCUCAUAGUCAUGACCUACCUCAGCCAGAUCCGCUCACACUUCACUAACCAGGAGCUGAGCGUGCUGCAGAUAGAGCACAACAGCAGUCAGUCCAGCUACGGCCUCACCCUCUCUGGUCCCGGUCCCACUAAUGUCGACGCUGCCGCUUUCUGCAUGGCCAGACUGAACGAAGGAGUGAACCUAGAGGAAGGAGGGAGCAGCACGUUGGUCGUCGCGCCACCGAGGACCAAACGACUGCUUAAAGUGGACGAGUCAAUAAACCCAGUCCCAGCCCCAAGGUCCGUUAACAAAACAGUCAAAUCUGGACUUGCUCAGGAUGAAGACCCAAAGACAGGAAUGACUAAUAAUACAGAGUUGCAGAGUGCAGCUAAGAACCAGCCUCCCAAACAAGAAGAGGAAACAAUGUGUCUGCAGGACACCAGCCAGUAUGUGCUGAGUGAGCUGGCAGCGUUAGAGACAGAGCAGAAGCACAUCGACAGCAGAGCCGCUGUGGUGGAGAGAAGACUGCGGAGCCUCAUGGAAACAGGAAGCGACCGUGAUGAAGAGGAGAGACUGAUUCAGGAGUGGUUCACUCUGGUGAACAAGAAGAACGCUCUGAUACGCAGACAGGACAACCUGGAGCUACUACAAGAGGAGCAGGAUCUGGAGAGGAGGUUUGAGCUUCUGAACAGGGAACUACGGGUCAUGAUGGCUAUAGAAGACUGGCAGAAGUCGUCCACUCAGCAGCAGAGGGAGCAGCUGCUCCUCCAAGAGCUGGUGUCUUUGGUCAACCAGCGGGACGAGAUCAUCAGAGACAUCGAUGCCAAGGAGAGAGGGGCAAUGGAGGAGGAUGAGCGUCUGGAGCGCGGUCUGGAGAUGAGGAGGCAAAAAUAUAACAAUAAAGACAAAUGUGUCCUACAGUGAGAACAGCUUUUACUACUGCAACUCUGAAGUCCCGAAAGAUGAUUAUUUAUUUUAUCUUUCAGGACUUUUGGGGCUCCAUGUUUCCCUGUUUUUUUUAGUGCCUUUAUUUUCCCAGAGAACUGUUAAAACCCAUUAUGAGGAAAGACAAGAUAUGGGCAGACAAACUGUGUUUUCUUUUAAAGUGUUUCCUUGAAAAUUAAUAUCUGUUGAUGUCAAAGUUUCAGUCUGUCUUAAGUAUUAUUUUGAUUCUGUUUGCAUAUUUUUAUUUAUUUAAAUAAUGUGUCAGAUUGUUGUUCAUCAUUUGCACAUGUGUUUUGUGUGUUUGAAUCCUGGCUUUUUUUUAAUUAUUAUAAGGAAUAGGUUCCCCUCGUGAAGACAAGAGCUUGUCAGAAUCUGUUGGCUUAAAACCAAAAUGUGCCUUGUUCUUUCUGUUGUUUCUGGUGAUAUUUGUCUUACAUUUCUAUUUCAGACAUGUCCACCCUGAAAGUGAAAAAUAUUUGGUUGUAACAUGCCAAGACAUAUUAGAUAUAAAAACAAUACGUGUGACAAGUCAUGAGCUGGACUCAAACUCACAAUAUUAGGAGUGCAGGGUACAUGUUUUCAACUUAAGGAUGACCCCCAACAUCACAUUUUAAUAAACCCUAAAAGCCUUUCCACUAAUUGCAAUAUUGAUUUUUUUCUUUUUUUAGAUGUUAGGUGUUGGAAGUGUUAAGGAGUUAUUAAACCUUGUGUGCACACAGACCCUGAAUGCCUUAAAUCACAUAUAACGUGUAUGGAUGUGAUGUUCAUGCCUGCUGUUUCCUCACUUCUGUGUCCUUUGACUACUGUAUGCAUGCUGUUUGAGUUGUACUGAUAAAGUGGUACUCUGCUACACAUCACGACUGUAUACCUAUCACACACUGUAUACCUGAUGUUGCUGUCUAUAUUUAUGAGGUGAAGAGAUGAUGAAUGAUAUUGAUAAAUAUGUUGAAGAAACAUUACAAUAUUGGUUGGUUGCUUA